AUGAAGUUGUUUGCUUUGCUUCCACAAAUUACAUUGGUGGUGCUGCUAGUGAUCGCAGAUCAAAGCAUUGCCCUUUCGUUUGCUUCUUUCACCAAUGUAUAUGGGAGGCAAAAUGGUGAUGCUAAACCUAGCUUUGCAAAGCAUUCCACUGCUCUUCAGUCUGUAUUCAUGAAAGAUGGAAUAGAGUAUGGUCGAUCAUCACCUUUAUACGUGUAUCCUCCUGCCUCUCUACCUCCUCAAACUCCACCAAAGAUACGAUAUCCACCACCAUCUCAAGACUACCCACCUCCUAUUUAUCGACUUCCUCCUCCUAUACAACUCUCACCACCCAUUGAAAGUCAUCCACCACCAAUGCAAUACUCGUCACCCGCUCAAGGUCGCACACCACCUACACAAGCUCAUUCACCACCAACGCAAUACCCGCCCCCCACUCAAGCUCAUCCACCACCUACUCAAGGUUGCACACCACCAACACAAUUCUCUCCACCCACUCAAGCUUAUCCUCCACCAAGACAAUACCCACCACCUACUCAAGCUCAUCCACCACAAAGGCAAUACUCGCCACCCACUCAAACACAUCAACCACCAAUGCAAUACUCACCGCCAACUCAAACUCCACCAAGGCAAUACCCGCCACCCACUCAAGCUCAUCCUCCACCAAGGCAAUUCUCGCCACCCACUCAAGGCCAUCCACCACCCACACAAACUCAUCCUCCACCAAUGCAAUAUCCACCACCUACACAAGCUCAUUCACCACCAACGCAAUACCCGCCACCCACCCAAAUUCAUCCACCACCUACUCAAGGUUGCACACCACCUACUCAAGCUCAUCCACCACCAACAAAAUCCUCACCACCCACUCAAUCUCAUCCUCCCUCACCACCCACUCAAGCUCAUCCUCCACCAAGACAAUACCCACCACCCACUCAAGCUCAUCCACCACCAAGGCAAUACUCGCCACCCACUCAAACACAUCCACCACCCACACAAACUCAUCCUCCACCAAGGCAGUACCCACCGCCCACUCAAACACAUCCACCACCAAUGCAAUACUCACCGCCAACUCAAACUCCACCAAGGCAAUACCCGCCACCCACUCAAGCUCAUCCUCCACCAAGGCAAUACUCACCACCCACUCAAGGCCAUCCACCACCCAUUCAAACACAUCCUCCACCAUUAAUGCAAUACCCACCACCCACUCAAACACAUCCACCACCAACUCAAACUCCUCCACAAAGGCAAUACCCGCCACCCACUCAAGCUCAUUCACCACCCACUCAAGGCCAUCCGCCACCCACUCAAGUUUAUCCUCCACCAAGGCAAUACUCGCCACCCACUCAAGGCUAUCCACCACCAACUCAAACUCCUCCACAAAGGCAAUACCCGCCACCCACUCAAGGCCAUCCGCCACCCACUCAAGUUCAUCCUCCACCAAGGCAAUACCCACCACCCAUUCAAGCUCAUCCACCACCUACACAAACUCACCCUCCACCAAGGCAAUGCCCACCACCCACUCAAACACAUCCACCACCAACUCAAACUCCUCCACCAAGGCAAUACCCGCCACCCACUCAAACACAUCCACCACCAAAGCUAUACCCACCACCUACUCAAGCUCAUCCACCACCCACUGAAACACAUCCACCACCAACACAAUACUCACCACCCACUCAAGCCCAUCCACCACCAAGGCAAUACUCGCCACCCAUUCAAACACAUCCACCACCAGUGCAAUCCACGCCACCCACUAAAGGUUGCGAACCACCUACUGAAGCUCAUCCUCCACCGAGGCAAUACUCACCUCCCACUCAAACUCAUCCACCACCAUCCCAAUACUCGCCACCCACUCAAGGUCGUACACCACCUACUCAAGCUCAUCCACCACCAACGCAACAUUCACCGCCCACUCAAGGUCAUACGCCACCUACUCAAGUUCAUCCAUCACCAAGUCAAUACUUGCCGCCCACUCAAAGUCAUCCACCACCAAUGCAGUACUCACCACCUACUCAAAUUAUUCCGCAGCCUCCUCAAUCUCCCCCUAGCUAUGGACCACCAUAUCAAUACACUCCACCUUCAGGUGGCUAUUCUCCUCCAUACUUAGCCAUCUCCGUACCGUAA